CGCCUAUGCACCUCAGCCAGCUCAAGGAUAUGCACAGACCACCCAGAAUCCAAGUUACUACAACCACAUUUGUCUGCAAACUCCAAGUAUGUUUCCAAAGACCUACGGGCAGCAGAGCUACGGGACCUACGGGCAGCCCACUGACGUCAGCUACACGCAGCCGCAGACCACGGCCACCUACGGGCAGACGGCCUACGCCACGUCCUACGGGCAGCCCCCGACAGGUUACAGCGCCCCGACCGCGCCCCCCGCCUACAGCCAGCCCGUGCAGGGCUACGGCAGCACCGCCUACGACAGCAGCACGGCCACGGUCACCAGCAGCCAGAGCUCGUACGCCGCGCCCACCGCCUAUGGCACCCAGCCCGCCUACCCGGCCUACGGGCAGCAGCCGGCCCCGGCCGCCCCUGCCAGACCCCAGGAUGGCAGCAAACCAGCAGAGACCAGCCAGCCCCAGUCCAGCACGACAGGCUACAGCCAGCCCAGCCUGGGCUAUGGCCAGAGCAACUACAGCUAYCCCCAGGUGCCUGCCAGCUACCCCAUGCAGCCCGUCACCGCUCCUCCCUCCUACCCUCCGACCAGCUAUUCCUCCACACAGCCGAGCAGUUACGAUCAGAGCACUUACUCCCAGCAGAGCAGCUACGGGCAGCAGAGCUCCUAUGGCCAGCAGACCAGUUAUGGCCAGCAAAGCAGCUACGGGCAGCAGCCCCCUCCCACCAGUUACCCACCUCCCACCGGAUCCUACAGCCAGGCCCCCAGCCAGUACAGCCAGCAGAGCAGCAGCUACGGCCAGCAGAGCUCCUUCCGCCAGGACCAUCCCAGCAGCAUGAACAUGUACGGGCAGGAAUCCGGAGGCUUCUCCGGCCCGGGAGAGAGCCGCAAUCUGAGCGGCCCCGAUAGCCGGGGCAGGGGACGAGGGGGAUAUGAACGUGGAGGCAUGAGCAGAGGUGGGCGGGGAGGAGGACGCGGUGGAAUGGGCGCUGGAGAGCGAGGUGGCUUCAAUAAGCCUGGUGGACACAUGGAGGAAGGACCUGACCUGGAUUUAGGCCCCCCCAUGGACCCGGAGGACGACUCGGACAGCACUGCAGUCUAUGUGCAGGGACUCAAUGAUAAUGUGACCCUGGAGGACCUGGCAGAUUUCUUCAAACAGUGCGGUGUCGUCAAGAUGAACAAGAGGACGGGGCAGCCCAUGAUCAACCUCUACAUCGACAAAGAAACGGGCAAGCCCAAGGGCGACGCCACCGUGUCCUACGAUGACCCGUCCACUGCCAAAACCGCCGUGGAGUGGUUCGAUGGGAAGGAUUUCCAGGGCAGCAAGCUGAAGGUGACCCUGGCACGGAAGAAGGGCCCCAUGAACAGCCUGAGGGGCGGGAUGCCCCCCCGGGAGCAGCGGGGAAUGCCRCCCCCGCUCCGUGGAGGUCCAGGGGGACCUGGUGGCCCAGGGGGACCCAGUGGACCCAGCGGCCCCAUGGGCCGGAUGGGGGGAAGAGGUGGMGACAGGGGAGGCUUCUCCUCGAGAGGACCGCGGGGAUCCCGGGGAAACCCAUCCGGAGGGAGCGUCCAGCACCGUGCCGGCGACUGGCAGUGCCCCAACCCGGGCUGUGGAAACCAGAACUUCGCCUGGAGAACGGAGUGCAACCAGUGCAAGGCGCCCAAACCCGAGGGGUUCCUCCCGCCCCCCUUCCCUCCUCCAGGCGGUGACCGUGGCCGAGGUGGUCCCGGGGGAAUGCGAGGCGGGCGCGGCGGGGGCCUCAUGGACCGAGGGGGGCCCGGAGGGAUGUUCCGAGGUGGCCGCGGCGGAGACCGAGGGGGAUUCCGAGGUGGUCGGGGCAUGGACCGAGGCGGCUACGGAGGAGGCGGCCGGAGAGGAGGAGGAGGAGGAGGCGGCCCCGGGGGACCCCCGGGACCCCUCAUGGAGCAGAUGGGAGGAGGAGGCAGAGGACGACGCGGAGGGCCGGGAAAGAUGGACAAGGGCGAACACCGCCAGGAUCGCCGAGACCGGCCCUACUAACGCCGCCCCCCCAGAGCCGCAUUUACUACCAGAUUUAUUUUUUAAACCAGAAAAAAAAUGUU